UUCGGGGACACAGCCAUGGCGACGGGAGGAGGAGGAGGAGGAGUGAGGCGGAGGAGGAAAGCGGGGCUCCCGGGAUUCUGCUGGAAAACCUGCUACUUUCCUAUUUUGUUCUGGGUCGUUUCCGUCUGCGGGGAGGAGAAGACGCUGAUUGUGGAGACGUGGCUGGAGAACUAUGGCUACCUGCUGCCUCACGACGUCCGCACGUCAGACCUACGAGAGGAGAACGCCAUGCAGUCUGCCGUGGCUGCCAUGCAGCGCUUCUACGGCAUCCCUGUGACGGGAAUACUGGACAAGACGACUAUAGAGUGGAUGAAGAGACCUCGCUGUGGCGUCCCAGAUCGUUCUCACAUCUUCUACCGGCCGAGGAAUAAACGCUACGCCCUGACGGGACAAAGAUGGAGAGAUAAAAAGAUCUCCUACAGCAUAUCUAACUUCACCCCUAAAGUGGGAGAGAAGGACACCCAGAGAGCGAUUCGACAAGCCUUCAACGUGUGGCAGGCGGUCACUCCGCUCUCCUUCCAGGAGGUGCCGUACUCAGAGAUCAAGAACGAGGGUAAGGAGGCUGACAUCAUGAUCUUCUUCGCCUCGGGUUUCCAUGGUGACAGCUCUCCUUUUGACGGAGAGGGGGGUUUCCUGGCCCACGCCUACUUCCCUGGCGCCGGCAUCGGAGGAGACACACACUUUGACUCUGACGAGCCCUGGACACUGGGCAACGCCAACCAUGAUGGUAAUGAUUUGUUCCUGGUGGCGGUCCACGAGUUGGGUCACGCGUUGGGUUUGGAGCACUCCAAUGAUCCCAGUGCCAUCAUGGCUCCUUUCUACCAGUACAUGGACACGCACAACUUCAAACUGCCUCUGGACGACCUGCAGGGCAUCCAGAAAAUCUACGGCAUCCCCACUGCCAUGCUGGAGCCCACUCGGCCGUUACCCACCUUACCUUCUCGACGGACACACUCCACCUCUGAACGCAAGCAUGACCGUCACUCCCGUCCGGCGCGCCCACCCGGCGACCGGCCCGCACUGCCUGGAAACGGCAAACCCAACAUCUGUGACGGCAACUUCAACACCGUGGCCUUCUUCAGACGGGAGAUGUUUGUCUUCAAGGACCGGUGGUUUUGGCGUCUGAGGAACAACAAGGUGCAGGAGGGUUAUCCCAUGCAGAUCGAUCAGUUCUGGAAGGGCCUGCCGCCUCGCAUCGAUGCUGCCUACGAGAGAUCUGACGGCAAAUUUGUCUUCUUCAAAGGAGAUAAGUACUGGGUGUUUAAGGAGGUGACGGCUGAGCCUGGUUACCCUCACAGCCUGGUGGAGCUGGACAGCUCCCUCCCGAAAGAUGGCAUCGACACGGCUCUGCGCUGGGAGCCGGUUGGGAAAACCUACUUCUUCAAAGGGGACAAGUACUGGCGCUACAAUGAGGAGAAGCGCACAGUGGACCCAGGGUACCCCAAAACCAUCACUGUGUGGAAGGGAAUACCGGACGCACCGCAGGGAGCCUUCAUCAGCAGGGAGGGAUACUACACGUAUUUCUACAAGGGGAAGGAGUACUGGAAGUUCGACAACCAGAAACUGACGGUGGAACCCGGCUACCCCAAGUCCAUUUUACGCGACUGGAUGGGCUGCGACCAGUCUGACAUGGAGCACUCCGGCAGCAAGGGUAACCGCGGAGACCGACAGCUGCCCCUUGACGACGUGGACAUCAUGGCGACUAUAAACGAUGUCCCGACUACGGUCAACGCCAUCGCCGUGGUGAUCCCUUGCAUUCUGUCGCUGUGCAUCCUGGUGCUGGUGUACACGAUAUUUCAGUUUAAAAACAAAGGCGUGCAGCAGAACACCAUGACGCAGCACUACUACAAAUACCCAGUUCAGGAGUGGGUAUAACAGACUUUCCUUCAAAGAGGUCAAAGUUCAUGGAUUGAAGGGGGUCAAGCAGUCGUCAUACUGUUAGCUAGCUUCUGUUGGCUAAUAGCCAAGAAUGCUAGUAAAAAAAAAAAACUAUGGAAUGUCAAUGCUGAAAGACGCUAAUUGUGCUAGCUAUUGAUAAAAGGGCGGACACUGAAGAUGCUCUGCGGGAGUAGAUUUAGACGCUGGCUCAAAGUGUGUGUAUGCAAGUGUGUGUGAGAGCAAGAUUUGUGCCUGUCUUGUGACACAAGCACAUCAGUGUAAAACAGGAAGGAUACUGAUUUGGGCUUUGUGCAAGACACGUGCAAAACAGACUGAGGACAGCGAGAACAAGUCCGCAAAGACUCCAGGAGGAUCUGAUUGGCUACGGACAGAUAACACUCCUGAUUUGCCCAAAACCUCCAUGGCUAAUACUGCGAUACUGAACUUUAACUAUUUCUUCUGGGACCUACAACACAACUCUCCUUCUCAGUGAAAAUAAAAAGAAAGAGGAUCUGGAGCAGAAAGAAGAUGCUCCAUAAAGCCAGACACCACCUCCAAGUUUGUUCUAACAACAACUUGUACACGUGAACUACUUCAACUAUCAAGUCAGAUGAAAUUUAAUGAAAAAAAGAAAAGAAAUUGUUUCAAAAUAUCAAACUUGAAGAUAAAAUGUAGGUAGAAAGGCCAUAACAAAAAGAAAACCAAGGAUCUCUUUGUGGAUCUCUGAAUUUUAUUUAUUUAUAGUCGUAUGAGCUGAAAAACUGUCAAAGAGGACCUUUUUCUCUCUUUUUUCACCACACACACACCACACCACAAGACACAUCUUCAUCACCAUUACAACUUAAAACACCCCUGCUUUGGUUUACACAGCUCGGACUGAUUGGUUUUAGCAGGUGUAGAAUAGCUGGUCAUCAGCGUAUAGUGAUAGAAUGACAGUUCAGCAGCCUUAUCUCUGUCUCAACAGGCCGAACACAUUUGCUUAUAUUUACCAAACUGCGAACAACCAGGGCUCAUGUGUAUCAAACUUAAAACUUCAUUGAAACUUCAUUAUAGUAUUUUGGGAUGUACGAUAUUGGAUUGAACAACUCAUUUGACCAAUAACUGAUACCGAUAUCGAUAUAUAUACACUUUUUUCUCUACCUAAUUUUAGUGAUCAUCAAGUCUCUUCUGUUGUGGAUUUAACAUCAUAUUUUGCAUACAUACUCUUACCGUGAGGCCCCACCAACUAUGAAAUACAAUACUUUUCAGUGCAUGUAAUAUUCAUUUAUUGUGCAAAUUAAGAAAAGCAUGUUUGACGAUUCUUAUUUUAAAGCCGAUAUUGGCUGAUUCUGAUUACAUUUUGAUAUUAUCACGCAUCCCUAAUUAUAAUAAUAAUAAGAAGAAGACGAAGAAGAAUUUUUUAAUAUAGCUCUUUUCAAGCUUAAGCAUAAGAGCCUUCCAGAUUGAGAGAUUUACAGAAUAAAAAUUUAAAAAAUCAGAAACCCUUUAGUGAAAGGUAAAAGUGAAAAACUGAAUUGAACGUUUACUCAAAAUCACAAACUACAAAAUAAAAGCUGCUGAUUUUUUUGGUGAUCAUGCAAAAUAUCACUGGUUAUGAUGAGUUAUACAUUUGCUAAUAAAGUAAAAUUAAUUGUAGCCCACUUUUCUUAUUUUAUCUGAAUGCUGAUUGGAUAUUUCUAAAUAUAGCAGUGCUACAAACAACAACAAAAAGUUGUAUUCAUUUUGUUUUUAAUCAUGUUCCAGUUCUUGGACACACCUUUUCUACCAGCAGCAGAAUUCUUGCAGAAAAAAAUUAUUUAAAUUUCAGGCCAAUUUCCUUUUAAUUCAAUUCUGUUUAUAUAUUAUAUCAGCCUGUUCUCACUCAACGCAUCAAAUACUGCUGUUUUGUCAGUGUUGUUGGCGGUAUGAUACGCACCAGGCAACUAUUGUAGUAUGAGGAGCAAGAAACUCUGGACUUUUGCCCGGUAGCCCACUGUUCGUUUCCCUGUGAAACAAAAGUCAGCCAAGUUAUCUGAGUUUGUUUUUCAACAAUGUUUUGUGCUAGCAUGUGUAGCAUGCUAUGCUAAUGACACUUGUAAAAACUAGGGCUGCCCCUUAAUAGUCAACCAGAGAGGUCAAUAGACAAAAAGAUUUCAUUGGUCGCUUGGUCAAAAAAAAAAAAAGUGAAACUCUGUUAGGAGCUGGGUCUUG